AAAUAAAGAAGCCCUAUCGAUUGUACUGUAUAUAAAGCAAAACCCUAGAAACACUCAUUUUUCGACUUCAGCGCCGUCCGUUUGGAGAAACCACCCAUUUGGACGACGAUGGCCCCGAAGAAAGGAGUCAAGGUUGCUGCCAAGAAGAAGACGGAUAAAGUAGCGAACCCUCUGUUUGAGAGAAGGCCUAAGCAGUUUGGUAUAGGUGGAGCUCUUCCUCCAAAGAAGGAUCUCACCCGCUACAUCAAAUGGCCCAAGUCCAUCCGUCUUCAAAGGCAGAAGAGGAUCCUUAAGCAGAGGUUGAAGGUCCCACCUGCCCUUAACCAGUUCACCAAGACCCUCGACAAGAAUCUUGCAACCAGCCUGUUCAAGAUCCUUCUCAAGUACAGGCCAGAGGACAAAGCCGCCAAGAAAGAGCGCCUUGUCAAGAAGGCCCAAGCUGAAGCUGAGGGAAAGCCUUCUGAAUCCAAGAAGCCCAUUGUUGUCAAAUACGGCCUUAACCAUGUCACCUACCUCAUCGAGCAGAACAAGGCACAGCUUGUUGUCAUUGCUCAUGAUGUCGACCCCAUCGAGUUGGUCGUCUGGUUGCCUGCUCUCUGCAGGAAGAUGGAAGUCCCUUACUGCAUUGUCAAAGGCAAAUCUCGUCUCGGAGCUGUUGUUCACCAAAAGACUGCUGCUUGCCUGUGUUUGACCACUGUCAAGAACGAGGACAAGCUUGAGUUUAGCAAAGUCCUUGAAGCCAUCAAGGCAAACUUCAACGACAAGUACGAAGAGUACAGGAAGAAAUGGGGAGGAGGCAUAAUGGGAUCCAAAUCUCAGGCCAAGACAAAGGCCAAGGAAAGAGUUCUUGCAAAGGAGGCUGCCCAGAGGAAUAACUAAUUAAGGAAUCUAUCUUUUUUGAGUGUUUAGAUUGUCUCUCUUUUCUUUUUAGUUGGAACUAUCGUUUGUUUAUGGAUAUGUUUUGCACCCGUCUUCAGACAGUUUUCAAGCUUUAUUAUCA